AUGGCUGUUGUUUUCUGCCUCGGUCAAAUCCUCAUCUCAUUUCCCUCCAGAACCACAAUCUCUCCCCCUGCCGAUGUUCCUCAAGUCGUAUUCCUUCAGCGAGGGAACCGCCGAGUCCAUGUGUUGGGUGCAGGAGGCUUGUCUUUUGGGGAUCUCAGCGAGAUUCAAAGCAGGUUUGUUGGGCAGUUGUUGGGGCCUGUUGGUGGCUGUUCGACUCGGAUGACAGAGGCCAAAUUUUCUGAUUUGGAAGAGUCGUUGAUCAAACUUCAAGCAUUCGUUAUCACAAAGAGUUCAACACAUUCUCAACUCCGUGCAUGUGUUUUCAGUCGGUCGAAGGAUGUUCAAACGGUUCUUUCUGCUUUUUCUGGGGCAGGUAUUGAUAUCCUGCCAAUUUGGAACUACAACCAAAGCCUUUUCUUUGACAUACCACUAUUUACGUCAAGCGAUCAUCAACACGUACAAUCUGAAAAUUUCAGAUGGCUCCAGCCAUACCUCUUCCAGUGCAAAACAAAAUUAAAAGAUCACCAACUGAGCGCCCUCAGAUUUCUGAAGAAGAACGAGUCAGAGGGAGACACGAUUUCACAAGUCUGGAAUCACUCGGACAACAACUGGAUCAGGAAUAAUGUAGGAGAUUGGACUGAACCGCCGACUAGCAGUGAAGAUCGGAGACCACGAGGAUCAAUACUUGCGGAUGAUAUGGGGCUUGGAAAGACUUUAAACGCAUUGAUGUUUAUUCUAGCGACUAGCCAAUUGGGCGUAAAUUUUCGGCAUUCUAACAUGGACCGGACAGCAGCAACUUCUGCGGCCACACUUAUCAUAUGUCCUCUGGCGACCCUAUCUAACUGGGAAAACGAGAUCCAUAUACAUUUUAGGGCGCACACAAUACCGUACUGUGUCUUCCACGGCUCAAAUCGCAAAGAGAUUAAAUAUGAGCAGUUUCUAUCUUCAAUGGUUGUGUUGACAACAUAUGAGAUGAUUGGAACAGCUGGGAACACCUCAACCAGCCGGCCGAUGAUCGAGAAUUUGAAUAUUAAUUGGUUCAGGAUAGUAUUAGAUGAAGCUCAUAUGAUCAGGAACCGGGGUUCUACGAGGACCCAGCUUAUCCAACGCCUCAGAGCCAGAUUUUUCUUAUGUCUAACUGGGACUCCCCUACAGAACCGCUUGACAGACCUUCAAAGCCUGGUACAACUGCUGAGGAUCCAACCCUACAAAAUCGUUAAACCGGCUCAUGGAGGAAAUAUGCUUGAGGAGGACAAAGGAUGUCUUGUUGAACCUUCCGCCAAAGACGGAACGUGCCGUGGUAGUCCAUCUUAG